AUGGCAGCCCUCCUUUCUGUCCCGCCGCCGGCCCCUCGUCAAACUCAUUCCCGUCAAAAAAGAAAAAAAAGGAUCGCGAGUCUCGCCGCCGGCGGCCGGCCUCCAGUCGGGCCUCCUCCUGGUCCGCCCCCUUCGCGAGACUCGCCGCCGGCGGCCGCCCUCUCGUCGUGCCUCCUCCUGGUCCGUCCCCCUCGCGAGAUUCGCCGCCUGCUGCCGCCCUCCCGUCCGGCCUCCUCCUGGUCCCCCCCCCGGGGCAUCUCGGGCCCACCGCAUCCGCCGCCGCCCGUCCCCAUCGCGGCCGGCAACGCCUCCCACGUCCUUCGUCCGCCGCCGCACGUCCUCUGCAGGCGUGUUUUGCGGCCGCCGCCACGGGUGCGCCUCCGCGUGCCGGUCUCCGCGAGGUGCGCGUUGGCCGCGCCGCCGCCGCCGCCGCGUGGGUGGGCUUCGACGCCACCGUGGGGGAGGUCUGCUACGCCGCGGCCAGAGCGGAUCUGCAGCCGGCCUUCCCCGGCCGCGUGUGGGGCAGGUGGUCGCCCCCUCACGCUCGCCGCCCAGAUCGUCGGUACUGAAUGGAGGCGAACGGGUACGUAUGGCUGGAGGAAAUUGAGGAAUAUAACUAUGUGGCAAAUCAGAACUUUAAUACAGAGGAAGAUUUCUUCGAGUUUUACAAUGCUUAUGCAUUCCAUAAAGGAUUUAGUGUCAGGAAGGACAAGGUCAGAUAUAAGCCUAGCACCAAGGAGGUGACAUGGAAGAGAGUUGUGUGCUCAUUUGAAGGAUACAGAUCGGAGAAGCAUUUGUUUUUGUUUCCGUUGUCAUAAGCCUAGCACCAAAGCUCAGACCGGCCCACUGUAAUCCAUGUUUUUGUUACUAUUGUCAUACAAUUAGCUACAGUAACAGGUAUUGCUGAAAUGCUCUGAUGCUCAGAUUACUUUUGGCCCCUAAUGCUGCUUCGUGAUUCAUGAAGCCAUGACCUUGGUUGUAAUUAAAAGAUACAGGAUUCCCUGCAAAUCACUAUAAAGUCCACUUGGGCGCAUUUGGUUCUA